GGAAUUGCAUGAUCCCACACUUUUACUACAACUCCGCUCUGCUUUCCUCCAUUUUCUGCUUCCUUCUUCUUCUUCUUCUAAGCCCCCCACCAACUCUCUUCUACGCUGCUCUGCUCUUCCAUUUCUCUUUCUUUAGAUCUCCCUCUUCCUUCUACCCUUCUCUUAUACAAAACAAUGGCCAAGAUUAAGAUCGGUAUCAAUGGAUUUGGAAGGAUUGGUCGUCUGGUUGCGAGGGUUGCCUUGCAGAGAGACGACGUUGAGCUCGUUGCUGUUAACGACCCUUUCAUCACCACCGAUUACAUGGCUUACAUGUUCAAAUACGACACCGUUCAUGGUCAGUGGAAGCACCAUGAUAUUAAGGUCAAAGAUGACAAGACUCUUCUUUUUGGUGACAAGGCUGUCACUGUUUUUGGCGUCCGAAAUCCAGAGGAGAUUCCGUGGGGGCAGACUGGUGCUGAAUAUGUGGUUGAGUCCACUGGAGUUUUCACUGACCAGGACAAAGCCGCUGCUCACUUGAAGGGGGGUGCAAAGAAGGUAAUUAUUUCUGCCCCCAGCAAGGAUGCUCCCAUGUUUGUUGUAGGUGUCAAUGAGAAGGACUACAAGCCUGACCUUAACAUUGUCUCCAAUGCUAGCUGCACUACCAACUGUCUUGCUCCAUUGGCCAAGGUUAUUCAUGAUAAAUUUGGUAUUGUUGAGGGUCUUAUGACCACUGUCCACUCCAUUACUGCCACACAAAAGACUGUCGACGGACCAUCAAUGAAGGACUGGAGAGGUGGCAGAACUGCUUCCUUCAAUAUCAUUCCUAGCAGUACUGGAGCUGCUAAGGCUGUGGGGAAAGUUCUGCCUGCACUGAAUGGAAAAUUGACUGGAAUGGCUUUCCGUGUUCCCACUGUUGAUGUCUCAGUAGUUGACCUAACUGUGAGACUUGAGAAGAAGGCCUCUUAUGAAGAGAUAAAAGCAGCUAUCAAGGCAGAAUCUGAGGGAAAGCUGAAAGGAAUCCUCGGUUACACUGAAGAUGAUGUUGUCUCCAGUGACUUUGUGGGUGACAGCAGGUCAAGCAUUUUUGAUGCCAAGGCUGGAAUUGCAUUGAAUGAUAACUUUGUGAAACUUGUCUCGUGGUAUGACAACGAAUGGGGUUACAGCUCAAGAGUGAUUGACUUGAUCCGCCACAUAGCCUCGGCCCAGUAAGCAGCUCAGUAGUUGGGAGUAAUCACAUGAUGUGGGCUUCCUCGUUUCCGGCAUAGGAUGCAGUUUUCCAGAAGAGUUGUUUUAGGAAUAAUUAAGCUGUGAGGAAUGUUUUAUUGUUGGGAGCAGCUUUAUACAUCAUGUGGGUUUGAUUUCAACUUCUUUUUUUUUUUUUACAGGGAAUUGAGACCUCACAGCUGGGAUUUGCAUUAUAAAAGCAAAUCCCACAUAAAAAGAGAAUAGUUCUAAU